CUAACUUGCUUCUCUUCCUGGAAAAUGAUAAUUUCUACACGAUGGUGAGCACAGUUAUGUUAUUUCUUUAUUGCCUACUUCCUUUUCUGUUUUAUAGCGUGCACUUUGUUUAUCCCCAAGCAAUUUAUGACGACGAAAGUACGUUCCAGGGAACAUUUACAAAGACUUUGAAAUCAUCAGUAUGUACAGAGAAUGUGCAAAAUUGUGAAAAGCGAUUACAUCAAAGCCAAAUUUUGCAAGAAAACAUGUCAAAGGAAUUAUCAGAAUAUAAAUCUAAGCUAAUGGAACUGAAAGUUGUACACACAGGAUUCCUUUCUUGGGCUGUGCAGGAUCUGUGUAGGAACAUCAAACACUUUGUUUUCGAAGACAUGGAACUUUGUCCCUUUUAUUACAACUUCAGCCAAAACAAUUCUUAUCUUCAACGCUGUCCAGCUCCUGAAAUGUUUUCUGACAUAAGCAUGACGUGUCAAGAUCCAAGCACUGUUAUCUGUGGCUCUAGGGCUAUACCAGACGGAUAUAUGUGCGACUUUGAAGCGCUUGAUGAGCCCAAUUGCUUUCUGGAGAAUUCAAAAUCUGAUACAUUUGAUUGGACUAGGAAAAAUGGGUCUACAAGUUCUACUAAUACGGGACCAAGUUCAGCGUAUCAUGGAAAAUUUUAUACGUAUAUUGAAACCUCUAGUCCGCGAAAGUUAGGAGAUAAUGCAAUCCUGGAGAGCAACAAAAUAUUUCAAGAGAGAUGGUACUGUCUUUAUCUCUUUUAUCACAUGCAUGGAUCAAAUAUUGGAAAUCUUACCAUCAAAACCAAGGAAAGCUCUAAGAAACCUGUUGUCUUAAAACAAUUAUCUGGUGAGCAAGGAAUGAAGUGGAAAAAGAUGAACAGUUUUGAUAUCCUUUUAAAAAAAGAUACCAAGAUUUUGAUCGAAGCUACGAGGGGUAAAUCCUAUAGGGGUGACAUUUCGAUUGACCUGAUUAUGCUUUUGCCUCGAAUGUGCGAGUAGUCUAAGAGCAACCUAUUUCAGCAGUUUGCAAGUACGGUAUAAGUGGAAAUUUUAGCGAGAGGCAAAUUCAGAUAUUUAGUCUUAAUUAGUAUUAAUUUUUAGCGAUAACUAAUUUUAGUGAUUUCAUACAUGUGAUGUCCAUAACAAAACCUAUUACUGAUUAUAUGCAAUAAUUGUUAGCGAGAUUCAAUUUCAGCGAUCUCAGCAACCUCGCUAAUAACGCCAAAACUAAAUCCUCGCUAAAAAUUCUGCUUAUACGGUAUUUUUCAAAACAAAGUGAAUUGAUUGUAAAAUGAAAUUCAUGAAAGCAAAUUCAGUUCGGUUCUAUCGAUAAAGAUAUUUUGGAUGUGAAGCGGAAAGAUGUUUUUUCCUUAUAUUUUAAUCAUAGCGAAACUUAUCGCCCUUGUUAUUUUUAAUUACUUACUGUAUGUAUUAAAAAUAAAAACUUAUUACUGUGAAUCCAAAUUAAAAUUAUCAAUUAUAAUCAUUGUAUGUUUUUUUGUGUGAUUGAUAAAAGUUUAUUAAUUGAAGGCUUAAUUGUUAUUUUAAUUUGUUU